UUGAUCGCAUAACGUUCCGUAUCAUCGUCGUGGCAGCAAGUCCGCGCAAGACGCGCGUAGUGCAAAUUAACCCUUCCCGCGAUGGGUCGAAUGCAUACGUUCGUGGUGACCCUGCGUCGCGAAUCCCGCGACACUAACUGGGGCCUGCGCCUGGUGGGCGGCUCUGAUCUUGCUACGCCACUCAUUGUUACGAGGGUAACACCUGGCACACCAGCUGGGAAGGAGCUGGUUAGAGGAGAUAUCAUAGCGAAAAUUGACGACUACGACGCCAGAGAUCUGCGACAUGAAGAUGCACAGAAUCUGUUUAGAAACGCACCAAAACAAAUUAAAUUAGCUGUACAAAGGACCUGUCCAAGCUCGCAACUAUACAGUCUGCCGCACUCGCCCUCAAGUUACUCGAGGGUUUCAACCCCCAACUAUUAUCGUCAAUAUUUCGAGGACGUGAAUCGCGACGGACACGGGUCGGCUGCGCUUGCGCCGCGGUCUCCUCUACAAAGCGUUCCACCGCCAUUCAGAACCCCGAGUCCUCUGCCGGCUACAGCUUGGCGCGGACCGGAGUCUCUUCCACGAACUCCUCAACCCUUCCAGCCUCAGGUCGAAGGAGAAUAUAGAACCUAUAUAUUGUCACCAGAAUCUCGCAAUGAUGACGGAGUAGUCGACGAAUCGAUUACAAGCCAGCCUUACCGUACGACCCCGUUGGUGCUCCCAGGGGCGAAGGUCCGCCGGGAGCCAGGACCCACAGAGAGUUAUCUGCGUCACCAUCCCAACCCCGCAAUGAGGGCACCACCCCACCACGACCUGCGGGACACGCUUAUGAAGCAAAAGGUGGCAGAAUCGGUGUUGCAGCGAGUGGUCGGUGAAGAGAAUAAGGUUGUUCACAAGCAGUUCAACUCGCCAAUCAAUCUAUACUCGGACCAAAACAUUGCCAAUUCGAUCAGACAGCAAACAUCGCCUCUGCCCCACAAGCCGACGGUGAUGUACGACCCGGCCAAGUCGGAGACCUACCGCGUGCUGCAGGAACAGAGCCUCGGAGACAACGUCAGCGAGGUGCCCUCGCCCGCCACACAGAUCUUCACGCCGCCAGUCGCUAAGCAGAAGCCGGUGCCACCCAAACCAAUGAAACAAUCAGAGGCUCAACCAAGCGGCAAGCAAACGACUUUUAGUGUCAAAUCGUUGCAGGUGAAUUCCCUACAGGAAGAGCAUAUCCAGCAGUCAAACUCAUUUAAGCGGCUCAUGUACCACGUGCUCGGAGAAACCGAGUUUUAGAUCAAUAAAACUAAACAAUACAGGGUUUUAUCAAUACGAAUGUAUUAAAUAAAACAUCUGCUAUGACGUACGACUGUCAGAAACUUAAAGGAAGAUUGGAAUUGCGGGGUGAAUAACCAUAAGACUAACCAAAAUUUAAUAGGAUGAAAUAUUUAAUGCUCCUUAAAGUGUGUUAUUUUUCGGUGUAUUUUCUAAUGCUCGAGUAUUAGCAAUAUUAUUUAUGUUAAUAAUAAGUAGGGGAGUAACUUUUAAUACUAAGUGUUGAUUAUCUGUUUGUACAGAAAUAUUAUUUAUACAAAUGAUUAAGAUGAUGAGUGUACAAUCUAGUCACAACGGCCCGAGCUCAGGUCGCUACGAGAAUGAGAUUCGAUUUUGAAUAAAUUAUUUAUUUUUA